CGGGCAGCCGAACACUCCAGGUUCUAACAUAUAACGAUGAUAAAAAGAGCUUGAACGCAAUUAAUAUUGAUCGUCAUCUUCCGCUUCUCCAUCUUUCAAAUGUCUCCCAAGUCGUACCGCAUCGUCGUUCUGCCAGGGGAUGGCAUUGGGCCAGAUGUUAUUGCACAAGCAACGCGAGUGCUAGAGCUCGUCAGCGAGACAUCUACAUCGGUCAAGCUCAUCCUCGAGCCUCAUGACUUUGGUGGAUGUGCCAUUGACAAAUAUGGCGAACCCCUGCCCGCAUCCACCCUAACAGCAUGCCAGCAGGCGGAUGCCAUUCUUAUGGGCUCUGUGGGUGGCCCCAAGUGGGGUCCCGAAGCAAAAGUCCGCCCUGAGCAAGGUCUUCUGGGCAUCCGCAAAGCUCUGGGUUUAUACGCAAACGUUCGCCCAGCGAACUUUGCGUCCGACUCCUUACUUUCAUACACCCCUCUGAGACCUGAGAUCGCUAGGGGUGUCGACAUGAUCGUCAUCCGUGAGCUGAUCGGCGGUCUAUACUUUGGUCCUCGUCAGGAACAAGGCGAUGGGGACACCGCAUAUGAUACCAUGGUUUACAGCGUUGCCGAGGUUGAAAGAAUUACUAGGGUUGCAGCACAGAUUGCUCUCGCUGCCAACCCACCCCUCGCCAUCCACUCUAUCGACAAGGCAAACGUGCUUGCAAGUUCGAGGUUGUGGAGAAGGGUUGUCACUGAGACGCUGGCAAAGGAAUACCCUCAGUUGACCGUUGACCACUAUCUCGUUGACUCCGCUGCGAUGAUCAUCGUGGCUAACCCCAAAAAGUUGAACGGCGUAGUCUUGACCGAGAACCUGUUCGGCGACAUCUUGUCAGAUGAGACGAGUGUUAUCCCUGGUUCUCUGGGAUUGCUGCCAUCGGCAUCCCUUGCUGGUGCACCUGCAAUGGUUUCAGACCCCUCCUUUAAGCCUACUUCAGGCAUAUACGAGCCUAUUCACGGCUCUGCCCCCGACAUCGCUGGCAAGGGCAUUGCCAACCCAAUCGGCACCAUUCUCAGCGCAGCCAUGCUCCUGCGGUACUCCCUCGGUCUCGAGAAGGAGGCCCAGGCCGUUGAGGCUGCUGUUCGCAAGGUGUUGGAUGAGCCGAGUGUUGGUGGAUAUGGCAUCAGAACAGCUGAUUUGCAAGGGAAAGCAACGACUGUCGAGGUCGGCGACAAGGUCGUUGAGGUGCUCAAGUCCCUGCUGUAGAUGGAUGUGAUGACCGACGGAAAUAUACGACUAUGGCAGAAUCGAUGAAAGUGUACAUGUAUUCCACUACUGAAAUUUAAAAAUUGAUGCGGUCGAGUAUC